GUCGGGACUGUCGGUCCGCAUCAUCGAGGCCGACUGUGGUGAGAGAAAUCAAGCUGUGUGGACAUACGUCAUCACUAUCAUCAUCCUCCACAUGCUCUACGCCUCUCUAGACGCCCUCGACUUUAAAUACUUGCCCACCCUAUCCCCGCCUCUUUCUCUCGUAAAUAGUCGUAUAUUCGAAAAGGUGUCUACAAAUAUCGAAAUACUCACUUACACUAAAUCCCAAAACCUUCAAACUCGACCUCUCCACGCAACUACCGCAGCCAGAAUGCCUCUCGUUGCCCCACAGAUCUCAGGGGAUGUGGUGCCUCAGACUCAAGACUGGACGAACAGGCUGAUGGGAAAGACGAUUGGAGACGAGAACAGUGUAACUACUUUCGCAAUGUCCGACCUGCCCGAGAACACACGGAUCAUCCCCGAGGGCCAGCCCGCGGCCUUGGACUUCCAAGAGAAUAGGUUGAAUGUCCACCUUGGGAAGGAUGGGACGGUGCGCCAGGUUACCCAGGGAUAGAUAGGAUAUCCGGGAAACUGAGCCGCGAAGGAUAUAUGUAAAGUGAAAUAAAAUAAAGUAAAAAAUUAUCAAUUCUUG